AUGUCAGAUAAACAACAGCAACCGACAGAGAAGAAAGAGGAGAACGCCACUGCCGGUCCAUCGAAUGGUACUGCCACUACGACGGAGAAGAAGACUUUACCUAAGUUGGGUGCUUUGGAGGACGAUGAUGAGUUUGAGGAUUUCCCAGCGACAGAUUACGGAGGAAACGUCCUAGACGCUAUGAAGAAAGCAGGUGAUGGACCAAACGAUAAUCUAUGGGAAGAUAAUUGGGAUGAUGAUGAUGUAGAAGAUGAUUUCACGAAACAGUUAAGGACCGCAAUCCAAGAGAAACAAGGUGUUCCCGAUGAAAGUAUGAAAGAGUAA